GGACAGCUCGCCACUCCGCGUUGAGAUGAGACGGUUUACAAUGAAUAAUGUUUGCCAGUGUGGCUUAUUUACUUAUCUUGUCAUAUUUUCUUUCAUGUCUUUUACCGCCGCAGUGAGUUUUGACCUGACUGAACUUAGGAAUAAAGUAGCAAAAAUUAAAGUCAAUCCAAGAGGCAAUCUUUGGGCUACAGGACAUUUCAUGGGCAAGAAGAGCGUGAUGGAUACCCCUCUAUUGCCUUCAGCUGAGGGGCAGGGUGCUGAUGCGCUGGAAGUCACCCUAUCCAGGGAGCAGAGCGCUCUCGGGGAGCUCUUCCAAGAGUUCCUGCGGCUGGCGUUACAAGCGCAGGUGGAUCCACAAGAGAGCCGCUCGAAAAAUCCGGAGGCGGACUUGUUGAUGAGGAUUUUAGAAAGCUACAUCCAAAGCAGAAAGUGAUACACAGGAUGACAGUCUGGCACGCAUGAACACGGAUCCGAGGUCAUCUGGCC